AGUUUGGCCUAUUCAUGGUCAUGCACCAAAAAGGUGACAUCAAAGUCUAAGUCUGUUUGUUCUACUGCUGCCUAGAGAAUCUUCAAGUCAAAUUUGUAAUGGCUUAUAGAAGACUUCUUAGCCUUCUUUCAAGAAGAACUGAGAUGAUGCCUCCCUUUCAACAAAAUCCUCAACACAUCAUCAGUCACACUCUUCCUGAACAUGCCAGUCACCUCUGUCACAGGAUCCAAAGGACUCUUCACACAAGUCCUCCACUGAUGGUGAAGCUGCUGUCGGUGAAUGAACUUUUUGCCAGUAGUUCUCUACAAGAACACUUAAAACGGAUAGAAAAAGAGUACAACGACUGUUUUCAAGUUGUCAGUGGUAAUGCGGCAGAAGGAGAGGGCGGAGAAGAUGAAAUGAAGACCAAGCGGUCCAAAGUAUCACUGCUGGCUCCUCUCGUUCAGAGCAUCAGAGAGCUGGACAGAAAACAAAAGGAGAUCAGUGAGACUGAGAUGCUCCUGAAAGAUGAAGAUCUAGCACUGCGACAACUGGCUAAGAUGGAGAGAGAAGGAUAUUUGCAAGAUAUUCAAGAUCUGAGACAAAAGAUUUUAGGUCUGCUAAUCCCUGACGAGGAGGCUGAUAUGAGUAACCUUGUCCUGGAAAUCACAGCUGGUGUUGGGGGUCAGGAGGCCAUGCUAUUCACCUCUGAGAUGUUUGACAUGUACCAAAGCUUUGCUCGGCAUCAUGACUGGUCUUUUGAAAUUCUGGAUCACACGGAAAGUGAUUUAGGAGGAUUACGUCAUGCCUCGGCCAGCAUCAGUGGUCCUCAGAGCUACAAGAAGAUGAAGUUUGAGUCUGGAGUUCAUCGAGUUCAGAGGGUUCCCAAGACUGAUAAACAAGGCCGGAUGCACACCAGUACCAUGACUGUAGUUGUUCUGCCCCAACCCACUGAGAUAUCUUUCACAAUAAACCCUAAGGACCUGAAGAUAGAAACGAAGAGAGCGAGUGGAGCUGGAGGACAACAUGUCAACACGACAGACAGUGCAGUCAGGAUAGUCCAUCUUCCAACAGGUGUGGUUGCAGAGUGCCAGCAGGAGCGAUCCCAGCUGAGGAACAGAGAGAAGGCCAUGAUGUCUCUGAGAGCAAAGCUUUACAGCAUGAAGAUGGAGGAAGAAACCAGCAAGCGCUACAACCAGCGUAAAAUCCAGAUUGGCACAAAAGCCAGAUCAGAGAAGAUCCGGACCUACAACUUUGCCCAGGACCGUGUAACAGACCAUCGCAUCGGCGUGACUGUGCACGACGUUAAAAGCUUCCUGCUGGGGGAGGAUCUGCUGGACGAGAUGAACUCUUCGCUGCAGGAGUUUUCCAACCAGGAGGCGAUUAUGGAGCUGUUUGAAAAGAGUAGCCAGGAGUGCUCAUGAGUUUGGCUGUG